AAGAGCCUGCAGUCUCGGUGAGGAGGGACAUGCACGCGAGCGGAGCGCGUGUCGAGACCGAAAAGCGCGUGAGAUUAUGCGUUUGAGGCGGCUGUAAAGGCAAAGCACGCUGCAGAAAACAUGCCGGGUUGGAAAAAGAACAUCCCCGCUUGUCUUCAGGCCGACCAAGAAGGAGAUGAGGGGCCCUACACCAAACACUCCAACCCCUCCAGAUCUCCGGAUGGAGCACUGGCCAUCAGAAGACAAAGUAUCCCAGAUGAGUUUAAGGGCUCCAGCAUGGUGGAGCUCAUGAAGAAGGAGGGUACCACCCUGGGCCUGACCGUUUCGGGAGGCAUCGACAAGGACGGCAAGCCGCGCGUCUCCAACCUGCGGCAGGGCGGCAUCGCAGCCAGGAGUGAUCAGCUGAACGUUGGAGACUACAUCAAGUCGGUGAAUGGCAUCAACCUGACCAAGUUCCGUCACGAUGAGAUUAUUAGUCUGCUGAAGAACGUGGGCGAGAGAGUCGUGCUGGAGGUGGAAUAUGAGCUGCCGCCUGUUUCCGUUCAAGGUUCGGGUGUAAUGUUUAAAAAUGUCGAGGUGACGCUUCAUAAAGAGGGGAACACGUUUGGAUUUGUCAUCAGAGGAGGCGCCCAUGAAGACAGGAACAAAUCUCGCCCUGUUACCAUAACAACGAUCAGACCUGGUGGCCCCGCUGACAGGGAAGGCACCAUCAAACCAGGAGACCGGCUGCUGAGCAUCGACGGUAUCCGUCUGCAUGGUACAUCCCACGCAGAGGCAAUGAGCAUCCUCAAGCAGUGCGGCCAGGAAGCAACACUCCUCAUCGAGUUUGACGUGUCCAUCAUGGACUCCAUAGCCAGUGCUUCUGGUCCUCUCCUGGUGGAAGUGGCCAAGCCUCUGGGCUCCAGCCUGGGAGUGGCUCUGUCUACGUCCAUGUACUGCAACAAGCAGGUCAUCAUCAUUGACAAGGUCAAGCCAGCCAGCAUCGCUGACAGGUGUGGGGCACUGCAUGCCGGUGAUCAUAUCCUGUCAGUAGAUGGCACAAGCAUGGAGUAUUGCACGCUGGCUGAAGCCACCCAGCUCCUAGCCAGCGCCUGUGAGCAUGUCAAAAUGGAGAUCCUUCCCCAUCACCAGACCAGACUGGCCCUUAAAGCCUCAGAUCAUGUCAAGGUGCAGAGGAGCAACCGGCCACUGCCCUGGGAGUCUGGCACAAACAACAACAGCAACUUCCUUCCCUAUCAGCACUAUAACACCUACCACCCUGACCAGUCCCGCAGCCAAGCCAAGCAGAAAUCUUCUCCAAACAACCCCCCUCUGGGCUCAUCUUUCUCACCCACCUCCAUGAGUGCCUACAGCUUGAGUUCCCUCAACAUGAGCACACUGCCUCGCAACAUGUAUCCCACAAGCCCCCGCAGCACACUGAUGAGGCGCAAACUGAAGAAGAAGGACUACAAGAGCUCGUUGUCUCUGGCCUCCAGCACUGUGGGCCUGGCCGGACAGGUGGUCCACACAGAGACCACUGAGGUGACCCUGGUCAGCGACUCCAUCAUGGGAUUUGGAAUUCAGCUCCAGGGAGGGGUGUUUGCCACCGAAACACUCACUUCACCUCCACUCAUUGCUUACAUAGACCAUGACAGCCCAGCCGAGAGGUGUGGAGUCCUGCAGAUUGGUGACCGACUCCUGUCCAUCAAUGGGAUCCCGACAGAGGACAGCACGCUGGAAGAGACCAACCAGCUGCUGCGUGACUCCAGUAUUACCAGCAAAGUUACGCUGGAGAUUGAGUUUGAUGUAGCAGAGUCUGUUAUCCCAAGCAGUGGCACAUUCCAUGUGAAGCUACCGAAGAAGCCAGGAGUGGAGCUGGGCAUCACCAUUAGCUCACCAUCCAACAGGAAGCCAGGUGAUUCACUGAUCAUCUCUGACAUCAAGAAGGGCAGUGUGGCGCACAGGACGGGUACGCUGGAGUUGGGGGACAAGCUCUUGGCCAUCGACAACAUCCGCCUGGACAAUUGCUCCAUGGAAGACGCUGUCCAGAUCCUGCAGCAGUGUGAGGAACUGGUCAAGCUCAAAAUCCGUAAAGAUGAGGACAACUCAGACGAGCAGGAGAGCUCUGGUGCCAUCAUCUACACGGUGGAGCUGAAGCGCUACGGGGGCCCGCUGGGCAUCACCAUCUCAGGCACCGAGGAGCCCUUCGACCCCAUAAUCAUCUCCAGCCUCACCAAGGGCGGCCUGGCUGAGAGGACCGGGGCGAUCCAUGUUGGGGAUCGUAUCCUGGCCAUUAACAAUAACAGCCUGAAGGGGAAGCCGCUGAGUGAAGCUAUCCACCUGCUUCAGAUGGCUGGAGAAUCCGUUACUCUGAAGAUCAAGAAACAGGGAGAAUUGGCAAGUCCUAAGCAGCCAUCAGUGACUGAGCAUCUGGGUGAACUGAGCGAUGCGGAGGAUGAGAAUCAGCAGAAGCCAGGGAAGCUGUCAGACAUCUACUCCACCACCAUUCCCAGUGUGGAUAGUGCCGUUGAGUCCUGGGACGGCUCGGCUAUCGAUGCCUCCUUCAGCCCUCAGGCCCCAACUGGUUUCCAAGCAUCGGGCUACAGUUUCCACAGUCAUGAGUGGAGGAACGCCAAAGUGACUCGUGGCAGUGUAUCUCCAGGCAGCGGCCGUCAGAGGAGCACCGUCCUGCAGGACCUGGGCCUCAGUGAUGAUGAAUGGGACAAACCAACUGCUAGCGGGUUCACCGUGGGUCACGAUGGCACAGAGCCGGAUCAGGAAGAGAACUUUUGGUCUCAGGCGCUGGAGGACCUGGAGACAUGCGGCCAGUCUGGGAUCCUCCGCGAACUUGAGGCUACCAUAAUGUCUGGCAGUACACUGAGUCUGAACCAUGAUCCAGCGCCUGCACGGUGCCAACUGGGCAGGCAGGCCAGCUUCCAGGAACGUGGUAGCAACAGGUCACAGUAUAACCAGGGCAACCGUAGCAACACACUUCCUAGUGACAGUGGACGCAAAGCCUUCGCUAUGAGGAAGAUGCAGCAAGAGAUCAAGGACAUCGUGUCCCCAAACCCUGUGGAGCUACACAAGGUGAGUCUGAAUAAAGAGUCAGACCUGGAGGACUUUGGCUUCAGUGUGUCCGAUGGGCUCCUGGAGAAGGGGGUCUACGUCAAUAACAUUCGCCCAGGUGGGCCUGCUGAAGUGGCGGGGCUCAAACCCUACGACAGGCUGUUACAGAUCAACCAUGUCAGAACUAGAGACUUUGACUGCUGCUUGGUGGUUCCUCUGAUCGCAGAAUCGGGGAACAAGCUGGACCUGGUGAUCAGCCGAAACCCGGCGUCAGCCUCAACCUCGCCCACAGAACUGAACCAGCUUCCCGGUGAGGAGCCUGUGGGCUGGACUGACCCAGCCGAGCCCCUCCCACAGGAAGCGGCCCAACAGAACUCCAGGCCAGUGGGGUCAGAGGGCAGAGAUCCCAACAAGACCUUAUAGCAGAACCCCAUCUCACCCUCCCCAGCACAGGCUCAAGUGCUCCUCAUGGUGCUAAGUGAACUCUUCCCGACAUUCACCACCCCCCUGCUGGAGAGAGCUGGAGCUCUUCUGGCACAUAGCACACCCAGUUUCUUCCCUGAGCCACAGCAUGAGCCACACACACUGAGAGGGGUCCUCCCCACAACCUGCUGCCUGUCUGUUUACUCCUGUGAAAAUGACACUGAUUACAGAGGGAGGCCGUACUGACCUCUGAGAAAGUGAUCUAAAAAUCCAAAACUGAACCAGUGC